GGAGGGUCAGUGCAAUCCUCUGUCUAGAGUCAACCUCCGUGCUUCUCAGAGAGUGCUCUGCCUUUCACCAUGAGUGGGUGCCCAUUUUUAGGAAACAAUCUCAGAUAUGCUUUUCAGAAACUACCUGUAGAAGGCAGUGAAGAAGACAUAUCCCAAGGAGGUGUGAAUAGGGCCAGCAAAGGGGGCCUUAUCUAUGGGAACUACCUGCACUUGGAAAAAAUUUUGCAUGCACAAGAACUUCAAAGUGAAAUAAAAGGAAAUAAAAUCCAUGAUGAACAUCUUUUUAUCGUAACUCAUCAAGCUUAUGAACUCUGGUUUAAGCAAAUCCUCUGGGAACUGGAUUCUGUUCGAGAGAUCUUUCAGAGUGGCCACGUCAGGGAUGAAAGGAACAUGCUUAAGGUGGUCACUCGGAUGCACCGAGUGACGGUGAUCCUUAAACUGCUGGUGCAGCAAUUUUCUGUUCUGGAGACGAUGACAGCCUUGGACUUCAAUGACUUCAGAGAGUACUUAUCUCCAGCAUCAGGCUUCCAGAGUCUGCAGUUCCGACUAUUAGAAAACAAAAUAGGUGUUCUUCAGAGCUUGAGAGUCCCUUACAACCGGAGACAUUAUCGGGAUAACUUCAAAGGCGAAGAUAACGAGCUGCUACUUAAGUCGGAGCAGGAAAAAACACUUCUGCAGCUAGUGGAGGCAUGGCUGGAAAGAACACCAGGUUUAGAACCGCAUGGAUUUAACUUCUGGGGAAAGUUUGAAAAAAAUAUCGUGAAAGGCCUGGAAGAGGAUUUCAUAAGGAUUCAGGCUAGGGAAGAAUCAGAAGAAAAAGAGGAACAGAUGGCUGAAUUUCAGAAACAAAAAGAGGUGUUACUGUCCCUAUUUGAUGAGAAACGUCAUGACCAUCUCCUUAGUAAAGGUGAAAGACGGCUGUCAUACAGGGCACUUCAGGGGGCACUGAUGAUAUACUUCUACAGAGAAGAGCCUAGAUUCCAGGUCCCCUUCCAGCUGCUGACUUCUCUUAUGGACAUAGACACACUCAUGACCAAAUGGAGAUAUAACCAUGUGUGCAUGGUGCACAGGAUGCUGGGCAGCAAAGCUGGCACUGGAGGCUCCUCAGGCUAUCAUUACCUGCGCUCAACCGUGAGUGACAGGUACAAGGUAUUUGUAGAUUUAUUUAACCUUUCGACAUACAUGGUUCCCCGACACUGGUUGCCGAAGAUGAAUCCAACCAUUCACAAAUUCCUCUACACUGCAGAAUACUGUGACAGCUCUUACUUCAGCAGUGACGACUCAGAUUAAGAUCAUCUGCCAAAUUUUUGAAGAAUAUUGAUUUUUAUGCUUUUACUUUCUAUGUACUUCCAUGAACACAUGGCGUCUUAAACUAAUCAAUAUAUAUAUAGGUCAGCACCACCAUGUUCUCAGUCAACUCUGGAAAUAAUUUGAUUACCUCAUGCUUGUGAUGGUCGAAGAUUAAGCAUCAAAGUGAGAAAUAAUUUAGUUAAAUUGUAACAUUGUACAUAGGCAGUUUCCUAUUAAAAAUUCAAUUUACUCUGAUACUUACCUUAAUGUAACCACUUAAUAUAAUCAUUACCUCAUUGAUUUAUACUUUAUAAGCUUGUAAACAUCAGCUACUUCGAAUAUUUUGCGCCAUAAAAUGUACCCUUCUGCCUAAAGGCGUAUUCAAACAGAAUUUUUCAAAUAAUAAAAAUUAAUCUUUUGCCCUG